CGUCCUAGUCUCUGAUCCAAUAUUAGCAUUAGCAGAAGUGUGUUCAACGUGGAUGAACAUUAGCAGCAUUAGGUUUGGGAUUUAUUUGGUUACAGUUCUGAGCAAGUAUCCACAAAAGUCCAAGUUAUAGUAUUCUUACAUUUUUACUGUAGAAGCGUCGUCAGAAGUUUUAUUACACAAUGCCUCAUCGAAAGAAGAAAUCAUUUAUCGAAAAGAAGAAAGCCGUGACCUUUCACCUUGUACACAGAAGUCAGAGGGACCCUCUGGCUGCAGAUGAGAAGGCUCCACAACAUGUUCUCCUGCCGGCCACAAAGGUGGAUGCAGAGGAGAGGCGCGAGGAGCAGAGAAAGUUUGGUGUCUUCUUCGAUGAUGAUUAUGACUACCUGCAGCACCUCAAAGAGCCGUCUCCUCUCUCAGAGCUGGUUGCAGCUGAACCCUCAAACCUGGACAGAGGUUCCUUUCAGCUCAAAGAUGAUGAGGAUGAAGAUGAGGUGGAGAGAACUGUGGACAGUGACGUUCCUGAAACUACAAUCCACUUACCCUCUUCAGUGUUUGCCUCAGAAUUUGAAGAAGAGGUGGGUCUUCUGAACAAAGCUGCACCAGUUUCAGGGCCCAGACUGGACAUGGACCCUGAUAUUGUUGCUGCUCUUGAUGAGGACUUUGACUACGGUGAUCCUGAAAACAUCUUGGAGGAUGACUUCAUUGUGAAAGCAACCAGUGCAGAUGAAGCUGUAGAUGCAGAAGGACACUAUGAUGACGACGAUGACGAGUGGGAGGACACAGACGAAGAAGACGACUUUGACUCCGAGGGCGGUUUUUCAGGCGACGAGCACGUUGAAGGAGAAGGUGGAGAGUUUCUGUUCAUGAACGAGGAGACGAAGAGUCGCUUUACAGAGUACUCUCUGUCGUCUUCUGUCAUGAGGAGGAAUGAGCAGCUCACCCUGCUGGACGAUCGCUUUGAAAAGUUUUACGAACAGUUCGAUGAUGAUGAAAUCGGCGCUCUGGACAAUGCGGAGCUGGAAGGAUUCAUCGUACCGGACAGCGACCGCCUGGAGGAAGUCAUCAAAGAUUAUUUCAAGGAGAAAGCCAAGGACGCCUUGAGACCUGAAGAUCUGGGUCCAAAAGAACUGCCUGCUUUGAGGGAGGAGGAGGAAGAUGAGGAGGAAGAGGAGACAGAGACUGUUGUUGUGGAGGAGGCUCCACAGGAGACGUGGGACUGUGAAACCAUCAUCAGUACGUAUUCCAACCUGUAUAACAGACCCAAAGUCAUCGAAGAACCAGCAAAGCCCAAGCCGAUCCGUGUGUCCAGUAAGACCGGCAUCCCUCUGGACGUCCUGCCCCCCAGAGGCCUCACAACCAAACAAGCAGAGCGCAUGACGAGAAUCAACGACUCGGACCUGCCCCGCAUCUCCACUCAGCCCCGACACAAGGAGGAGAGCACAGAGGAGAGGAGGACGAGGAAACAGGCCAUCAAAGAAGAGAGGAAGGAGAGAAGAGCUGAGAAGAAAGCCAACAAGAUGGCGUUCAAGGAAGAAAAAACCCGACAGGAGAAGCAGCUGCUGAACUUGAGAACAAAUGUUCAAGGCUUGAAGCUUUAGUUGCCAACUGCUCUGCAGGUCCUUCACCACCCGGACACGAUGAUUUUCACUCCUCUGGAACAAAAGAGGAGAACCGACACAAAAACAAGGACUACAGGGAUUCUGAUAGACUUUUAAGGCUGAAGGUUUUUUAUUCAGUUGUUUAGAAAUUAGAAAGUUAAAUGAAUGUCAGAUCCAGUAAAGCAGCCCAGCCUGUGUUUCCUAUCUGAUUAAAAACACCGCGCACUGUGGGAUCCAGUUUACUGUCCUGUCCUCUUCCCCCACAGCUGAUGCAGAGCAACGUGUGGACACUUCUCCUUGCUCCAACGAGCGUGAAGUGUAGAAGACAACGGGACAUUUCUGAAAAGCUGACUGAUCAGUUUCCAGCUGUUAAAACAGAAGUCAACAUGGUGCAACAGGGCAAGAAUUAUUUAUAGAAAACAUUGAUAUAGCAGCUUAAUAAACAAGUUUUCAACAAAA